AAAAACGGGCUGGCAUCACUGGUUAUUGACAGACAAAACGUAAACAAUGUCGCUGGUCGCUGAUUAUAGCGAUUCAUCUGAAUCCGAUGAGGAAACCAGUAGCAACGAGUCAGAAAAAGAGGAAAAAAGCAAGUCGAUAAGUCCGCCUCCAGCACAAAAGCAUCCAAAGUUGCCCAGUGCAAGCGCUGCGCUUGACAAUGCCGCAGCAAAAAGAACUGGGGAUGUUUUUAGUAAUCCAUUCUUAGAAGCGGAACUGCACAAAACGGCUUCACUGGAGCGUCACGUUAAAAUGGUCAAUAACGAUGAUCAUUUGAAGCAAAAGAACGGGCGCAAAAUCUGCUGGAAUUUUAGGAAGGGACGCUGUCGCUUUGGCACAAGUUGCCAGUAUGCACACGAUUCGGAUUUAUCCGUGGAUGCCACAACUGGCAGUGAAGCUACUGUGGAGACAGCAACUCCAACAUUUACGGCACACACAAAUACGAACAACAAACGCAAACGGCCAGGACUGAGUGACGCUAUAGAGCCGGGCAAACGUGUGUUGAAAUCUUACCAGCAGCAACAUCAAGGCACUGGACAACGACGACCGUUUAAUUAGAUAACACCAGCAUCUGUAAUACGUAGAAAGCAGCUGUUCCCGCUGACACCAUAGCUGUUAUUCAAUACUUUUAGCAUACGUAUGCCGUCGCUGUUGGACUCCUCUGGAAUUUCUAAGGUCAAUGCAAGGGUGCAAACCGAGUCCCAGUAGUCUCCCAAUAGUGUGAAAUCUUCUUGUAUGUCUGGACUGCUUGGAGUCAUGCAUGCAUCGUUAUCCUCAUCGUCAUCAACUGCCGCAUAGAAGCACGAAUCCAUAAUAAUAAUAAUAAAUGUGUAAAUAAAUUGAUAUGUGUACUAAACAAAUAUUGACUAAGAA